AUGCUCACGCUAUUCUGCGUCAUUAACAGCGACGGCGUCCUCUCCGACCCCACCGGCGCCCUUGUCAUCAAGCCCUGUACCGCCGCCGAGAUCGCCUUCUAUGAGUCCGCCAACGCCUCGCACCAGGCUCUGGCCACGUACAUGCCCACCUUCAUGGGCACGCUCGAGCUGAACAAGUCGCCCGAAGUCGCCGCGCUUGCCGCUGGCGGCGUUGGCUCGGAUUCCCCGGACCCCUCGGGCGCUUCGACGCCGGCGGUCCCGCCGAUCCCGGAGGCCGCUGCUCCUGCUGCCGCAUCCGGCGCUGGCACCGCCGCUUCGCUUGCGCUCGACGACGUUGGGCCGAUGAAGGGCAAGAAGCUCUCGACGGACACGUCGAUCGUGCUGGAAAACGUCGCGGCCGGCUUCCGCAAGCCGAACAUCCUGGACCUGAAGCUGGGCGCGCGCCUGUACGACGAUGGCACGGCUGAGGCGAAGCGCGCACGCCUGGACAAGGUUGCGAGCGAGACGACAAGCUCGAGUCUGGGCUUCCGGAUUGCGGGAAUGAGGGUUUGGCAGGGUGAGGGCGGCGGCGAACCGCAGGAGAAGAGGGAGACGGAUGAGUACGCGUUGUUCGAUGAAGCGAGCAGGUACAAGACGUUCAACAAGCUGUACGGUCGCGUUUUCAACGCCGAGAACGUCGUUGACGGCUUCAAGGAGUACUUCCUCGUGCCAGGCGCAGGUCACUCCAAGGAAACGGCGAGGCCGAUCAUCGCGAGGCUGCUGAAGGAUGUUAAGGGCGUGCAAGCGGCGCUGGAGGCCGAAGAGAGCAGAAUGUACUCCGCCUCCCUCUUGUUCGUCUACGAAGGUGAUGCGGUGGCGGCGAAGGAGGCGGAAAAGGCUGCCGAGAAGGCUGAGCUUGACGCUCUCCAGACCGCGACUGCCGCCGGGGAGAAGGCUUUGAACGAGGAAGAUGACGACGAAGUUGAGCUUGAUGACGAUGAGGCAGACGUACCCAAGUUUGCUGUCGUCAAGCUGAUUGACUUUGCCCACGCCACUUUCAGGCCUGGCCAAGGUCCGGAUGAGAACGCCCUGAGGGGUAUUCGCUCCGUCGCCAAGAUCCUUGAGGAUCUGGAGGCCGAGCUGGCAAAGGCAUAA